AGUUAUUAAAGCAAAUAUGGUUAUGUCCAUUUGUUGAUUUCUUUCUGCAUUCUCAAGCUCAACAGUGAACACAACUCAAGCAACGACCAAAAACCAAGUACCUGAAACGAUUAAAGAACACCCAUCUGAAGUUGGGGGCUGACAUCGAUUAUGGGGUUACUCACUAUCAACCAUUGGCAGAUAACAAACCAUGCCUCUACCAUUCACUUACUUUCCCCAGUUUCUACAUUAUUUUGUCCAAAGUUUAAUUGCCUUCGUAGUGGUGUUAAAUCACAAAAUGCUUUAAAAUUUAGCAUUAAGGCAUUUGCGAGCAGGAAGUCGGUGAAGAAACUCAAAAGAGAUGAACAAUUGCGUUUAACAAAAGAAACCAAUGUUGUAGCAAAUGGGUCUACGGCAGAAGAUGAUUAUGUUAAAGAUGGGAGUCAGGUGUCCUCUGUUGAUGAUUUUGCACCACAGAAAUUGGCUACCUUCCCUGCGAGGAGUAGUGUGCUUCAAGCAUGCACUGUCACAUGUGGAAUAUUAGCUACUCUUGGCUUAAUAAUUCGACAGGUAUCUCAUGUUGCCUGUGUGGAAGGAUUUCCGAUCCAUGACUGCUCCAACGAAGUAUCAUUUGGUUUUGAGAUAUGGCAUCUUGAGUUGAUAUCAGGAUUAGUUAUACUGAUAUCAUUGUGCCGAUAUCUACUAUUGAAGGCAUGGCCAGAUUUUGCCGAGUCUAGUGAAGCAGCCAAUCAACAGGUACUUACUUCUCUUGAACCUUUGGAUUACUUAGUUGUUGCUUUUUUGCCUGGGGUUAGUGAGGAACUCCUCUUUCGAGGUGCACUAUUACCACUUUUUGGAACCAAUUGGACUAGUAUCUUGGUGGUUGCUACUAUUUUCGGUGUUCUACACUUGGGCAAUGGUCGAAAAUAUUCCUUCGCAGUCUGGGCCACCUUUGUUGGCUUCCUUUAUGGUUAUGCAACUAUUGUAUCAAACAGCGUCAUUGUGCCGAUGGCUUCUCAUUCGUUGAAUAAUUUGGUUGGAGGAAUUUUAUGGCGCUACACAUCAAAGACAUCAAACUCUAAGUAGAUAUCAUGCGAUACUACUUUUUCUCUGUAGUGUCUUGUCAUUCAAGUUCCGAAAAUCACACGACAAAAAGCUUUCAAUUUUAUAUUCUUGCUAGGUGUUUUUGCCCAAGUGUGAUAUGUUCAAAUAUAUUUAUGCAUUCAUGUAAACUGAAUUCUGCACAGGACCCAGGUAAAUACGUGCACAAAUUUUAUGUAUUUAUGUCUUCUUCAGCAUGUAAUAUAAGCAUUCAGUUUAUGAACAUUUUCUGAAAUCUUCCCAACUAUGGCAUCUCUGGGAUUUAGUUUGUUUGAGAAAUAGAACUAGGAUUUAUUGAAUUAGGGUUUAGGAUUGAA